AUAAAUUUUAAGAGUAAGAUCAAUUUUGAUGGCUGCAUCCUCAUUCGAUUAUCUUUUGUUGAUUUCUUCUUCGCUUCACUUUUGUUUUAUCGAUCGACUUUUAAUUUCAAAGCCCUCUUAUCAUCAGAUUCUUAGUCAACCUUUUACCUGUUUAUGACAUAUAAAAAAGUAACAGCACAUAAGUCGUUCCAGCAUGGGUAAACGUAAAACUCAGCGUAAGAAUGCGGCGAUGUUAGAUAGUGACGAUGAAAAUUGUAGCGUAAGUUCAUCGUCAACCAUGGUUUCUGAUCGAAUGUCGGUAGCUGGUACCGAAGAAGUAGAGCUUAAUAAGGAUAGUUUACUUGAUGAAGCUGUUGAUGCUCUGUAUGAAAAGAGGGGUUCUACACGAGAGAAGGCCUUGGCCGAGAUUAUCGAGGCUUUCAAUUGCAAUUUGCAGCACCAGUUCGUGGAGAAGAAAUUUGCUACAUUAUUGCAUCAAUGUUUGAAUUCUAUCAAAAAGGGGUCAAGCAAAGAGAUAUCUUUUGCAUCCCAUACCAUUGGGUUGCUGGCCUUAACUGUUGGUCCAGGAGAUAAUGCUCGGGAAAUAUUAGAAGAAUCAAUAAUUCCUCUUUCACAGGCUCUUAAAUCUGGUUCUGAAUCUUCUAAGACAGCCUCGUUACUGGAGUGUUUGGCUAUCAUCACGUUUGUUGGGGGCACUGAUCCAGAGCAAACAGAAAAAUCAAUGCAAAUUAUGUGGCAAUUGGUUCAUCCUAAAUUAGGUUCUAAUGUUGUUUCUGUGAAGCCUUCUGCCGCUGUAAUAACAGCAGUUGUCUCUGCUUGGUCAUUUCUUUUGACAACUACGGAUGGAUGGAAGCUUAGUCCCAAACUUUGGCAAGAGUCCAUUGCAUAUUUGUCUAGUUUGCUAGAUAAGGAUGACCGAUCUGUCCGCAUUGCUGCUGGUGAAGGACUGGCAGUAAUUUUUGAGAUGGGAAGCUUAGAGAAAUUUGCUGCCGAAGUUAAAGGUUCUAGUGAUGGUUCAGUUCCUGAAGGAAAUAAAUCUAAAGAAGGAUUCUCAUAUAUACAAGGACUGAAGGGAAAAAUUCUGAAUCAAGUCAGAGACCUCUCUGCGGAAGCUGCUGGUAAAGGUUCUGCCAAGAAAGAUCUUAACAACCAGAGGAACUUGUUUAAAGACGUAUUGGAGUUCCUUGAGGACGGUUAUAGUCCUGAGACAUCAACGAAGAUUGGUGGGGAUGCACUGCAGACAUCAUCGUGGUCUCAGUUGAUUCAGUUGAACUUUUUGAGGCGCUUCCUUGCUGGAGGUUUCACUAAACACAUGCAGGAAAAUCAAUUCCUUCAAGAUGUUUUUGGGUUCACACCAAAGAAAAGGAAUCUUAUAGGCGGUGAACACAUUUCCAAUGGUGAAAAGAGAAUGUACAAGUCACCAAAUUCUGCUCUCAACAAAGCAAGAACCCAGCUAUUGAACAAGAAGCGGAUGCUAUCUGCGGGUAGGAACAUUGGACACUAUGCUGUCAAUGGAGGUGAUGAAGAUUCUUAAGCUGCUGCCAAGCCAGGGCAGGAACAACAUUACUUCACCUGAUCGCCUUUUUUAUAUUCAUUGUACGCCAAUGUAUUGAAAUCCAAAUCUCUGUAACUGAUAAACUAGGAACCAUCUUGAUUUUUUAUAUUGGCGAUGACUUCAUAAUCAACAAAUAAAAUGUCAUUCUUGUACUCUUUAUGUGAUUGUUUUAAAGGCAUAUUCAUGUCUUGAAUUA